AAAUCCGGUAAAAUACUUACCCAAGUGUAUGGAAGAGCCGGAUAAAAGCAGAUGAAGAGUCAACCUUCAGAGUCUUCCGAGACUUAGGUUUUGUUGCGGAGACGUUUCAGAGUUUCACUACAUUUUUAAAGUCCUCUCUGGCUUCUUUUUAAUGAGUAUUAAGCAGCGCGUAACCAUUUUAUAAAGAGCACGGCUUGACUGAUCAAUGCUGAUUCGUCUUCAACAUGGACUGUCGCGUGCUGUCAAUUCAGAGUCACGUGGUUAGGGGAUAUGUUGGAAACAAGUCAGCCACUUUUCCUUUACAGGUGCUUGGCUUUGAAGUGGACUCUAUAAACUCAGUACAAUUCUCCAAUCACACAGGUUACGAGCACUGGAAAGGACAAGUGCUGACUGCCGAUGAGCUACAGGUCCUUUAUGAAGGGAUUAAACUCAACAAAGUCAACCAUUAUGACUAUGUGCUUACAGGUUACUCCAGGGAUGUGUCUUUCCUCGAGAUGGUGGUGGACAUUGUGCAGGAGCUGAAGAGUGCCAACCCCAGGCUUGUAUACGUAUGUGAUCCAGUCAUGGGAGAUAAUGGAUCAAUGUACGUUCCAGAAGCCCUGCUGCCAGUGUACAGGGAUAAAGUGGUGCCAGUGUCUGACAUCAUUACACCCAACCACUUUGAGGCUGAGCUCCUGACGGGAAGAAAGAUCCGUACGGAAAAAGAUGCAAUUGAGGCAAUGGAUCUGCUGCAUGCUAUGGGUCCCGACACUGUGGUCAUCACCAGCUCAGACCUGCUCUCUCCUCUGGGGGAUCAGUACCUAGUGGCCCUGGGGAGCCAGAACACAGUGAGAGGAGAUGGCACCAAAGAGAAGCAGCGAAUUCGAAUGGACAUUCCCAAAGUAGAUGCUGUGUUUGUUGGUACUGGUGAUCUGUUCGCUGCUAUGCUGCUGGCGUGGACACACCACCACCCAAAUGACCUCAAAAAAGCCUGUGAGAAGACUGUUUCUGUGAUGCAGCAUGUCAUUAAGAGGACUAUCACCUACGCCAAGGAGGUGGCUGGUCCUGACCAGAGACCGAGUCCUGCACAGCUGGAGCUGAGAAUGGUGCAGAGUAAAGGUGACAUUGAGGAUCCUGCCCUAACGGUUGAGGCUGUGAUACUCUAGGGUUUCACUUCCCUUCUCAUCCAGACUGCCCUGGAGACCUGACACACAAAAGCAAUCUCGCUUCAGAGGACAUAAUGACAUUAUUGUGUAGUGCAGGAAAAGACCUGUGCAUUUUAGUCACAGUCAUUCAUUUACAUGUAAAAUCACGGGUCAUCCAAAUAAUAACCAGAUAAUAACCAACUAAACUAAAGCCAUGUUGGUUUUUGUGUUCAACUUCAGUACUGUAUAAGGAUGGAGCUGUGCUGUUUUUAAUAUCCUAAUAAGAAUAAUGUGAGUGAAAGGAAGUCCUGAUCAGGAAUUGUUGUAACCAGCUGAUCAGUUGUAUGCUGCUAAAAUGGAGGAUUUUAAUUUAAAUAACACCAUAUUACUAGCAUACCAUAACAACAAUAUAUCCACAAUACUUCAUUUUAAACUAGACGACAGUUAGGCACCAGUUAGACGACAGUUAGACCACUUCCUUAUUGGCGCAGGACUUGCUUAUAUCAAGUGCAACUGAAAACACUCAGUCAUCUCACUGUACACGAAUAUCCAUAAACUUACAUUUUCAACACUGGUGAUGAAUUUUCCCAUUCAACAACUGGGGUUUAGUGAGGACCAGUAGUCAUGUUAAAUGUUGAGUAAGAUGAAGUUGUGCAAGCUUCAUUUCCACACAUUGCAUGAUUACAGUAUUACAGUUACAGAAUCUAGUUUUCACUGCUCUUGCCACAAAAAAUGUGGCAGUUCUUCCACAAUCUAGUAAUGUCAAGUACCAUUUAUCUAUCCUUUUUGAAGCUAUGCAUUUGAUGAUCGCACAUGGAGAUUUGUUAAGUAGUCAAAUGUAAAUGUUGCUGUACCUCGGGACCUGAAAAUGCUGCAGUGUAUUAAAAUAGAAGAAUUAAAUGAUGACGUACCUUUGUACAAGAUAAAACUGUACAAUUUACAAUACAGCUGCAAAAAUGAACAAUAAACCCACUUUUUAGCAAAUACA